CUUGUACGCUUCCCCGUUAAAGAAACGUCUCCAAAACUCUAUCCACUGGGGAUUUGUUUGCUCGGCGCCAACGGAAAAAAAAAUGGCUGCCAUUUUCGCCCUCUCUAAACCCUAUCCCUCCCUUAAAACCCCAUUUAUUCCUAAUCAGUCUUCCCAAUUCAAGGGCAAUGUGUGGAGCCUACGGACCAUGCCAUCUCCAUUUCCAUCAUCAUCAACCCCAUUUCGCAUCAACAAGAAACAGGAAGCACCUCUUCCUACUAUUCUCUGCCAAGCUGCUGCUGCUUCUUCCUCAACUGCUGCUGCUGCUGGUGCCACUGGUGCUGCUGCUCGGUUCCGCCUCCACAAUCUGAGUCCACAACCUGGCUCCCGAAAGAGGAGCAAGAGGAAAGGAAGGGGGAUUGCCGCUGGGCAAGGGAACAGCUGUGGCUUCGGGAUGAGAGGCCAAAAAUCGAGGUCGGGGCCCGGAGUCCGUAGAGGGUUUGAGGGUGGUCAGAUGCCUCUCUACAGGCGCAUCCCCAAACUAAGAGGAAUCGCAGGAGGGAUGCAUGCUGGGCUGCCUAAGUUUGUGCCAAUCAACUUAAAGAACAUAGCAGCUGCAGGAUUUCAAGAUGGGGAUGAGAUAUCAUUGGAAUCGUUGAAGGAGAAGGGCUUAAUCAACCCAUCUGGGAGAGAGAGGCGUCUUCCUUUAAAGAUUUUGGGAGACGGGAAGUUAACUGUCAAGCUGAAUGUCAAGGCACGUGCAUUUUCGGCAGCUGCAAAGGAAAAGCUUGAGGCAGCUGGAUGCAUUCUCACUGUACUGCCCGGAAGAAAGAAGUGGGUGAAACCAUCAGUAGCGAAGAAACUUGCACGGACUGAUGAGUACUUUGCGAAGAAAAGAGCUGCCGCCACCGCCCUUGCUGCCGGGGAUGCUGCUUCUGCAUGAGCACAAUACAUCUACCGCA